AUUAAGGAAGAGGUCAGUGUGCUUGUACUAGAAUGUGAGGCAUUUGCAGUGAGCGGGGAUGACGCCAUCUGUGCUGAAAGCAGUGAGCGGCUAAUUCUGGAGCGGAGUGCAAGUGCGACACGAUUUACAGAUUUCGGCUGGAGCCUCACGGCGAAUAUGGGAUCCUCCGAUCAGCUGAUUUGGCUACAUCAGCACCUUGGCAGUCAUCCUCAAGACGACGAAUGCUAAACCAUGGGUCAAUGAGUUUGAAUCGAUCGAGCUGUCCUGCAUGAUAGAGUCAAUCUCCACUACUAAUCCCAGAAUAGAAUGGAAGAAGAUUAAGAAGGGAGAGCCCAGUUAUGUAUAUUUUGAAAAAGAAAUAGCAGGUGACUUGGAAAAGAGAGCGAAAAUUCGAGAACCUGCGACCUUAGUCAUUCUCAAUGCAACAAGAGCCGACACUGCUGAUUACCGCUGUGAAGUCACUGCCCCAAACGACCAGAAAUCCUUUGAUGAGGUUUUGAUAUCACUCACUGUAAGAGUGAAGCCCGUCGUGCCCAGAUGCUCCGUACCCAAGUCCGUCCCGGUAGGCAAACCUGCAGAGCUGCAUUGCUUGGAGGAUGAGGGCUACCCAAAGUCCCAGUACCAGUGGUUCCGCAACAAGGAGGAAAUCCCAGAGGAUCCCAAGAGCAGCCCAAAGUUCUUCAACUCCACCUACACCCUGAGCGGAGAAACGGGCACUGUGAAAUUCAGUGCGGUCAGGAAGGAGGAUGCUGGAGAAUAUUACUGCAGAGCCAGGAAUGAGGCUGGGUUCUCCGAAUGUGGACCGCAGAUGAUGGAAGUUUAUGACAUCAACAUUGCUGGAAUCAUCCUGGGCGUAGUGGUUGUGGUGACGGUCCUUCUGUGUAUAACAGUGGGCAUCUUCUGUGCCUAUAAACGAGGCUACUUCACCAGCCAGAAGCAGACGGGAAACAAUUACAAAGCUCCAGCAAAAGGAGAUGGAGUGGACUAUGUCAGAACAGAGGAUGAGGGGGAUUUCCGACACAAAUCCUCGUUUGUCAUCUGAGAGGAGGAAGACGGGUGAUGGAAGAGAUGUGGAAUUACGUUGAAAGUUAUUGGCGCUAUUAUACCUCGCAGACACGAAUCCCCAAAAGAGGACAUCGACGUCGGAGCUGCCAUUGUACGUGCCUCGCUUUACGGCACGUCUGCAACAACACAAUUUGUAUUUGCCAAAGGUGACAAAUAAUCAUGUCUGAUCACUGUUUAAAGACACUAGAUGUUACUUGUUUGUUUAAUUCAACUUUUACAGCCCCUUUUUACUCAAAUUUCACCUAUUGUAAAAUUUCAGUAGAACCAGACAUACAGCAAGAAAACGUUUUCCUCGAAUCUUCUGUCUUUUUAAAACAUUUAUUUUGUACUAGGUAAAUUUGUCAGACUAUUUUUGAUGGAAUAUAUUUUAAAAUGCCUACAGAAAAAAAAAAGGUUUACUUUUUUAAAUAUUUGUAAAAUACUAACCUGGAAGCCAGUACUUUUUUUGUCAAUUUGGUUGUGAAAGAAACCAUUCCCACCAACUUCCCAUCCUCUGUUUUAGUCAUUCAACAAACAAAUAGUGUACAAGACCACUCCAUGUAUGGAUGUUUUGUUUUCCAUUCAGAUUUCAAAUCCUUUCAAUGGUAUAUCCAGCGACACCGGCUUCAAUCAUAGGUCUUAUGUACUUACUAUACUGCUGGGAUUUCAUGUUAAUAGUGAAAGGACGUUCCAUGUUCAUGUUUGUAGAUAGUCUUAGACAGUGAGUAUCUUCAGAAAAACACCAGCGAAAAAGCUGGAGAAUAUUUUGAAAGACCAGUGCUGCGUAUCCUUGAUUUUAAGUGUCCUUCUAUGCUAGCUGUUUAUCUUGUAUAUAGUGAAUAUACUGUCUAGGUUGUUUAUUUUGUAUUAUUAUUUUUUUCUUCUCUUUAUCUCGCUC